GAACUUUACUGCUCUGUGGAAUUUACUGGAGAGGUACAUGGCGAGCUCGUUUUUCUCUCUGUCAUUAACACUUUUUUGUCAAUUACAGCAUUUUUAGGGAACGCUCUGAUCCUAGUUGCCCUUCGCAAGGACACAUCAAUUCAUCCGUCAUCCAAACUCCUGUGUCGUAACCUAGCGAUAACCGAUCUCUGUGUUGGUAUCAUUGUCGAGCCUCUGUAUGUGGCUCAUUGGACAUCUGUGGUGAACAAAAUAUGGGAUAUUUGCUAUUACACAUAUUUGACAGCAUAUUUCCCAAGUAUUACUUUGUGUUCAGUAUCGUUGGUAACAUUGACUGCAAUAAGCGUAGACAGACUUCUCGCUUUGCUACUGGGUCUCAGAUACAGACAAGUUGUAACUUUGAGAAGAACACGUUCAAUUGUUAUUGGUGGUUGGAUUGUGUCCAUUGUCGGUGCAUCUACCUCCUUUCUUAAUAUUCUUAUAGUUUCAUUGUACGUAUAUAUAGGUACAGCUUUUUGUUUAGUUACUACAAUCUGUGCCUACACAAAAAUUUUCAUGUCUCUGCGUCAUAACCAAAUUCAUGUUCAGAACCAUGUUGUUCAAGGACGAUCAAGCCAAGCAAAUACACUGAAUAUAGCUCGAUACAGAAAGGCAGUGUACAGUGCACUGUGGGUGCAGGUAUCAUUGGUUAUUUGUUAUCUGCCGCACGGUAUAGCUGUAGCAUUAACACCUCAAAGGGGGAUGCCUUUAUCUUCGUUUCUUGCUAGGGGAUUUACAGUUACUUUAGUGUUUUUAAACUCGUCGUUAAACCCGUUUCUGUACUGCUGGAAGAUCACAGAAGUGAGACAAGCUGUAAAAGAAACAGUACAACAACUAUACUUCUGUAUCAACUAAGACUUAGGCUAAGAACAUAGUUACUAACGAACUUGAUAAGAAAAAAUAUAUAAGAAAACCAGACAAAUGCUCUAGUCCGAAUUGCACCUUUAAGAUUGUUUUCUGUUUCAUUGCAGGUUGUAAAGACACUAACAAAAUCAUCUGUUUAUGUUAAAAAGUUUAAUAAUCAUAAAACAAAAUGAAAAUAUCACUAAAACUACUCAGUUAGCUAGUUAGUUCUAUGGCAAUGAAGACUACGAAGCAGGCACAUAUUCUUAAAAAGAACAGCUCACUUGCUCGCAACAUCACACCGACAAACUCUUUUGACUAAUGUUUUUUAAAGCCAGAAGACAAUCAGAGAGCUUUACUGUUCUGCGGAAUUUACUGGAGAGGUACAUGGCGAACUUAUCGUGAAAACACACUGGAUAAAUAACAGCUGUUGAUAACCAUAAAAUCCUCUAUGUUCAUAGUAUAAUCAAGUUUAACAAACGUCAUAAGUUCAGUUUGGUAAAACUAAUCAGGGCGCAAAAAUAUUACUUUUCCGAAUGCUUUUUCAAAAUUGAACAAUGUUUAUUGUGGGAUAAUUUGAUGGCCAAUAAAUACACAUUAACGUUGUUCUGUUGCCUAACACCGGUCAUUUUAAUAAAAGCUUUCGAGCAUACGAAGGCUUUUGGUUUUAGGUAUAAUGAAAAGUGAACCCUUUUACUUGGUAAUGGAUUCAUGAUAACCGUCACGAAUAUAGCUAGAGAUGUAUUUAGUAUAGUAGAACAAAGUUGAUGACUUGGUGUAGUUAGUUUAGUGAUGUACUUGGUGUAGUUGGUGUAGUUAGUGUUGUUUUUUUUGUAGUUACUGUAGUUGCUGUAGUUCGUGUAGUUAUUGUAGUGAGUGUAGCACGUGUAGUUGCUGUAGUUGCUGUAGUUACAGUAGUUGGUGUAGUAUGUGUAGUUGCUGUAGUUGCUGUAGUUACUGUAGUUGGUGUAGUUAAUGUAGUUGGUGUAGUAUGUGUAGUUAGUGUAGUUCGUGUAGUUGGUGUAGUAUGUGUAGUUGGUGUAGUUGCUGUGGUUACUGUAGUUGCUGUAGUUACUAUAGUUUGUGUAGUUACUGUAGUUGCUGUAUUUCGUGUAGUUGCUGUAGUUUGCGUAGUAUAUGUAGUUGGUGAAGUUGGUGUAGUUAGUGUAGUGUGUGUAGUUGCUGUAGUUAGUGUAGUUGCUGUAGUCGGUGUAGUAUGUGUAGUAUGUGUAGUUGGUGUAGUUAGUGUAGUUGCUGUAGUUUGUGUAGUUAGUAUAGUUGGUGUAGUUGCUGAAGUUACUGUAGUUGCUGUAGUUACUAUAGUUUGUGUAGUUACUGUAGUUGCUGUAGUUGGUGUAGUUGGUGUAGUUAGUGUAGUUGUUGUAGUUCGUGUAGUUGGUGUAGUUACUGUAGUGAGUGUAGCACGUGUAGUUGGUGUAGUUGGUGUAGUUACUGUAGUUGGUGUAGUUACUGUAGUUGGUGUAGUUGCUUGGUGUAGUAUGAUAAGUUAAUGUUUGGUAUAGUUGGUGUAGUUAGUGUAGUUGAUGUAGUUGCUGUAGUUACUGUAGUGAGUGUAGCAUUUGUAGUUGCUGUAGUUACUGUAGUUGGUGUAGUUCGUGUAGUAUGUGUAGUUGCUGUAGUUAGUGUGGUUGCUGUAGUUACUGUAGUUAGUGCAGUUGGUGUAGUUACUGUAGUUUGGCGUAGUUGGUGUAUUUUAGUGUAGGUUGGUGUAUUUUGGUGUAGGUUGGUGUAUUUUGGUGUAGUUUGUGUGGUUGGUGUAGUUUGGUGUAGUUGUUGUAGUUAUACAAGAUUUAUUCUAACUGAUAAUAACCAAAAUUACGUAAAUCCUAACUUACGUGAACAUCAAAAAAACUGUUGUGUGUGUCAUCGGCGCUUUCUCUGUUUAAUAUAUAUUUUUUUUAUGUUGAGGGUGUUGUUGUUGUUGUUUGUUUAACGAAAUAAUGUUGCUUUGUUAACUCGCUUAUUUUGAAAUAUUAUCAUAAUUGAUUUACCUUCUUAUAAAGCUUUCAACGGGUGAAGUUAUUUUUAGAUUUCUUCUGCAUUAUGUUGGGUAGAUGAUCGCAGUUAUAAACACCUCAUCGGUAUAUUACCGUAAAGUUUCGGAAAGUAACGAGCCUCCCAAAGAAGCAACCUUCAGAAAGUUGCGUUAGAUUUCACAGGUGUUAGCAAAUCACCACAAUUAAUUUGCUACAGUAACUACACCAAACUACACCAACUACACCAAACCACACCAAAUUACACCACACUACACCAACUACACCAAACUACACCAAACUACACCUACUACACCAAACUACACCAACUACACAAAACUACGACAAACUACACCAACUACACAAAACUACACCAACUACACAAAACUACAUCAAACUACACCAACUUCACAAAACUAUACCAAACUACACCUACUAAACCAAACUACACAACUACACAAAACUACACCAAACUACACCUACUACACAAAACUACACCAACUAUACCAAACUACACCAACUACAGCUACUACAUCAACUACAGCAACUACACUAACUACACCAACUAGAGCUACUACACCAACCACAGCUACUACAGCAACUACACUAAGUACACCAACUACACCAGCUAAAGCAACUACACUAACUACACCAACUACAGCUACUACACCAACUACAGCAACUACACUAAGUACACCAACUACACCGGCUACAGCAACUACGCUAACUACACCAACUACAGCAACUACACUAACUAUACCAAACGUCAACUUUAUCAUAGUAUAUUAAGUCAUCACUAUAUAAAUAUGUCUCUAUAUUCGUGAUGGUUAUCAUGAACCCAUUACCUUAUACUUCUGGUUUGCAGGUGACGUCACAGCGGCCAUCUUGGUCGUCAAGAACAAAAGCAUGUCUCUUCUCUGGGAAGUAACCUCUAUUUUCAUGUAAAUUCUUCGAGAAAACAAUUCUAUUGUACUGACCCCCAACAUGGUCGCCUUGUCACGUGGUUGCAAACUAAGAAUAUCCACAUGGUAAUGUGAUAUCAGUGGAGGAGAAGGGGAUGUCAUCAGUCCUCAUCGGUGGAUUGCUCAGAUGACUAAAUGUUACCUACUUUUGUCAUUUGCCAUCGUAUCGAUUGUUUUAUCCAAAAUAAAGUCUGUUGCGAGGUCGAAUUAUUGCAGGAAUUAGUAGCAAAAGCGAAGUACUUUCUCAGCUAAGAGCUAAAGAAGACUCAUAUACAGUGCUUAAACGAUGGAACAUCACCCAUGGCCCUAGGGCACGAAACCCCCUCCUUUACAAAAAUGGGCCUUGGGUCCAUAUAACAGUUGAGUACGUCACCAGCACUGCUAACGUUUGUCCCCUCUCACUUUCAAAUUUGUUCCUACGGGUCUGCAUGACAAGACAGCAUAUCUCGGGGAAAAAAGCGGCGAGAAAACUGCUUCGAUUUGAAAGUAGGUUGGCUGUGCUUGGUAAUUUGGAUUGCGCGUCACACAGAAAAACAGGAACACGUUGAUUUGGCCAAUUGAUUCAUGAUAAAAACUUAUCUUCUCGGAGAAAUGGUAGUCUUUCGUUGUUUUCACCUUAUUUGUAACUAAACUUUAAUUUGAAUAAUUAUUUUACGUAAGUGCAUCAAUCUUAGCCAUCGGUAGCUGUCCGGCAAACUGAGAAAGUUUUACCUCUAAUUAUGGAUUGCUUACUAGCCUACGUAAUUCAGUUUACUUUAACAAAGAGAAGAAGAACAACAGUCAACAAGCUGUAAACUAAUCGAACAACAAAUAGAGGUGCUAUGUACAGGUUGCUGUAUAUGGGGAGAGUAUAUAUAUUAAAUAAUAAUAUAGUUUUACCUGUAUUUUUGAACUUGGUUUAGCAAAAAAUUUAUCUCACUCUACUACUUGGCAAUUUAAAACAACGAAAAAUCAUUUAAAGGCCGAUUAAAAGUCUUUAUCUGACGCCGAGCACUAAGUCAGUAGUGGUCCCUAGAAGUAUUUCAACGAGUAACAAUUUUAAUGAUGUCAAGUGAUUUCUGCACCGUUCUUUGAAGUUAGUGGGUUGCGGGCAAUUACCUUCAAGGGGGCAUUCCCGUUUCUUGACGGUAAUUGCCUAAGACAAAACGUGAUUUACCAAGCGACUGUAACGACUGGGACAACAACAGAAUCAUACAUUGGACUCAGUAGCCACUAACUUCAAAGAACAGUACAGAAAUCACUUGACAUCCUUCCGACACGCGAACAGACGAAACGAGACGGAACUGUCCAAACAGGUGUGGACCCUCAAAGAUGCCAACAGAUCCUUUCACGUGCAGGGGAAAGUACUCAGUAAUUGUAAACCAUAUGACAAGGCUAGCAAAAAUUGUAAUCCGUGCCUCCAAGAAAACAUUUUUAUCAUUUGUAAAAAAUUACUCAUGUACUCUGAACAAAAGAAAGGAAGUUGCAAGUUCAUGCCCCUACAGAAAUAGAUUCACUCUCAGAAAUUUUAGAAUAACGUAACGCAACGCAACGAAACCGCACGGAUGCCGAAAAAUCCAUUGGGAGCCUCUAUACCUCCGUGUCAACUUUGUGUCUAUUUACCAAGUUUUUAAUCACUCUGCGUCUGCCUCGUCACCAGCCUCUCGCAAUCGCAUAUUCAGAAAUUUUUAAGUUCGGAGGCCCACCCAUCAUCCCCCACUCGCUGUUCUACACUCGUUUCCCACACCCCGCAUUGAACUCCACCCUCCUCACUUAGCUUUAGAAAAGAAACACGUUUCACGUGCAAAAAUUCUCAGAAGCAGUCUUAAAAAUUGCUUUUCCCGCAGUAGUUGCAUCUUGUUCCACAAAACUUGGCGGAAUUGCUUGACGGCACCCCAGUGCAAACUGUAGAACUAGAAAAAAUACCCUUCAGCAUCAGUUCAGGGUGAAUCUGUUUUCGGAAGGUCUACCGAGUUGUGAAGCUCGGCGGCCGUUAUUCCACAAAUUAAAUCUACCAAGAUGUGAAGCUUGGCGGCGCCUUUUCAUCACUGGACUCAACUCUAUGAUAUAUAUUAUUUACAUUUUAUUACAUUGUUUUUGCAUUAUAUUUCGUCGUUUUUGCUCUGUGUUUAAUAAAACUACAUGGCUCUCAGCCAAUCCUCAGAUUUAAGAAUUUUUUUUCAUGCCUAUUAUUAUGAUGAAAAACAGGUUACAUUCAACUAAUUCCCUAAGUUCUGAAACAGUUUCAGUUUCAGUUUAGUUUGAGUUUAUUUUCUUUUUUUGCCAGAAAAAAAAUACAAAUACAUACAGACAUUCAAUAUAUUACAAAAAUGUUAUUUAAAGAUUAUAAAGAGACGUAAAUUGCAAGUAAAAGAAUUUAAAAAAACUUUUCCGGCGUUGAAGCUCAAAUGGAAACCUUGGGGCUUAUUAUAUGAGCUCCCUCCCUAAAAUAAGACUAAACAUAAUGAAUAAAUAAAAGGCCAAAUCAUACUGAAAUAUAAUUGGGAUAAAACUAAGCAAAACAAAACGGACAAAACAGACAAAAAGCAGCAAAAAACAAGUAUUAUUUACAAAUGGAUAAUCAACUAAGAAGAAAUGUUUUUUAAUCUGGAUGUAAAAAGAGAGAUAGUAGCAGCAAAAACGAACGUAAAGCAUUUUUUCGCUUUAAUUCUCAUCUCGUAAGUAUAUGGUACAAACUGACCCAGACAUAAUUUAGCCCAUUUUUUGAACAUGUGUAUAUUGUUAAUACUUCCUGUCUGCGAUGAGACGAUUAGUAGUACGUUAAUAAAAAGCCUUUUUUAAUCAAUUUGAAUCUUUGUUCUACAGAUGUAUUGAUCAAGACUCGGUUAAUAAACUUUGUGUCACUGAUCAUGACAGUUUAGCUCGUUUCCUAAAAACCAGACAAUUGUGCUAUUUGUUUUGCCAAUUACACGGCAGUAACAAGAUUGCCAAUAACUCCGUCGUUUAAUAAAAUGAAAAUACAGCCCACCGCAUAUCUAAUUGGUUUUCAACAUGAUGAAGCUUUCACAUAAGGAAAACAGAUAUAUUAAAAAAAGGUUCGCUCGAGCGUAGUUGCUUCGGAGAAAAGUCAUGGUAAUGACAAACUACCAAGCAAUUAGAGAACUGUAUUGUUCUGGAAAAUUCACUGGAGAGUCGAGGAGUAGGUACAUGACGGGCUAAUUUUUCUCUAAGGACAGCUAAAUAUGAUGGUGAAUGAUGGUGCAAGUUCCAUGUUAAUAUUUUGGAUUCGCUAUACUCAAUCGAAAUGAAUAUCAACAUGGCGUUUUUAAUUUUUAAUAUUCUACCUUUCAUAUAACAGAUCCGAAUUGGACGCGCCGGAAAAUGAUGUGAACGGGGGAAAUAAAUUUUAAAAACAAUUUAAAUGAAGAUAUAAUCUUGACGUAGUGAAAUAGCAAUUUAAGCAAUUGCAAAUAAAUCGCCCAAAAUGUUAAAGUUAUAGCCCACAUAGUCUGGCAUGUUUAGGGAUAUACUCGGUUAAGACUUCCUCUUCUAGCCAAUUUAGUGCUGGUAUCCAUGUCAACGUCAGUCAAAGCUGAAGAAAAACGGCACCAGCUAUUUGAAGCUACAAAAUACAGAAACACUUAAAAGCCCCCAACUUUAAUAUAAGCCCCUCCAGUAACAGGCUCGCCAAUAUAAGCUCCCCUCUAACUUGUAUUGAAAUGAAUGUGAUAUAUUAUGAUAUUUUGAAGCGUUUACCAGUAACUGCAAAACAUAUUUAAAUCAGCACUGCUUUAGCUUCUUUCGGAGAGCUUUUUCCAUUCCCGUUAUAAUCCCCCUGGGAUAUAAUUAAAGCCCCUCCGUUUAAUUUAUAAGCCCUCCCAAAACCCCUUACGAAGAUGUAUAAUCCCAGGGCUUUUAAGCGGCAGUUUACGGCACCGCAUAUCAUAUGUUCGCCGGCUCACAAACUUAACACCUCCUUUAGCGAAAUUUUCUCUUUCUUCCUCUCACAGUGGAGUAUGUUUACUAAAACUGCAUUGCCCUCAGCUAAUCGUCGAAUUCAAUAUAUAUAUAUUUUUUUUCAUGAUUUUUAUUAUGAUAAAAACAGGUUACAUUCUAAUUUCCUAAGCUAGAACGAACGUUUUAUUUUCUUUAAUUCCCAUCUCGUAAAUGGCCCAGACUUUAGAGCCCAUUAUUUGAACAUUUGUACAUUGUUAAUGAGACUUCGGUGCCUGCGAUGCCCCUAUGAGCGCGCCGCGCGUCAGUUUAACUUCUGGCAAUUGAUGAAAACCCGUUUUCUACUCAAUUUGAAUAUAUGCUUAACAAAACUAUCGAUCAAGACUUGGUACGGUUAAUAGACUUCUUAUUACUAACAGUUUAGCUCGUUUUCUAAAAGCCAGGUAAUUGUGCUAUUUGCUCCUUAAUCGCACAGCAAAACAAAGGCAACAGCAAGAUUGUCGAAUUCCGUCGUUUAAUAACCUGAAAAAACAGCACAUAUUUAAUUGUUUGCUGACAAGGUGUAGCAGUAAUAUAAGGAGGACAGAUAUAUUAAAAAAGAGUUCAGUUGACUGUAGCCGAAUCGCAGGAAAGUCAUGGAAAUGACAAAUUUUACUGCAAGUGAAAACCUGCAAACAGCCGUAGAAUUCUUCUGCUCUGCAGAAUUUACUGGAGAGGUACAUGGCGAGCUCAUUUUUCUCUCUGUCGUUAACACUUGUUUGUCCAUUACAGCAUUUUUAGGGAACGCUCUGAUCCUAGUUGCCCUACACAAGGACACAUCAAUUCAUCCGCCAUCCAAACUCCUGUAUCGUAACCUAGCGAUAACUGAUCUUUGUGUUGGUAUAAUGGGGGAGCCUCUGUAUGUUGCUUGUAUGAUUUCUGUGGUGAACAAAAGAUGGGAUAUUUGCUAUUACGCAUCUUUGACAGUAUAUUUCGCAGGUGUUACUUUGUGUGGAGUGUCGUUGAUAACACUGACUGCAAUAAGCGUGGACAGACUUCUCGCUUUGCUACUGGGUCUCAGAUACAGACAAGUUGUGACUUUGAAAAGAACAUGUUUAAUUGCUAUUAGUGGUUGGAUUGUGUCCAUUGUCGGUGCAUCUAUCUCCUUUCUUAAUCUUCGUAUACUUUCAUUGUACCAAUAUAUUGCUACAGCUUUUUGUUUAGUUACUACAAUUUGUGCCUACAUAAAAAUUUUUAUGUCUCUGCGUCAUAACCAAAUUCAUGUUCAGAACCAUGUUGUUCAAGGACAAUCAAGCCAAGCAAACACACUGAAUAUAGCUCGAUACAGAAAGGCUGUGUACAGUGCACUGUGGGUGCAGGUAACAUUGCUUAUUUGUUAUAUGCCGUACAGUAUAGCUGUAGCUUUCAGAACACGUCAAGGGGGGAUGCUUAUAUCUACCUACCUUGCUAGGGAAUUUACAGUUACUUUAGUGUAUUUAAACUCGUCGUUAAACCCGUUUCUGUACUGCUGGAAGAUCACAGAAGUGAGACAAGCUGUAAAAGAAAUGUUACAACUACACUUCCGUAUCAACUAA